UGGUAUAUUUCUGUUAGUGUUUAACAGAUCAUCCGUGUCUAACCCUGAACUAACAGAAGAAAGAUUGAAGCCUGAGACUUAAAAAGACAACUUUUGCAGGGUGACUCCCUGGGUUCUGGAGGAGAGUGAGGGAAGGCAAGUGGACAGGAGGGAGCCACAAUGGAAUCUAGCUUCACCUCCAAGGACACUUAUCUGAGACAUUUUAACCCUCGGGAUUACCUAGAAAAAUACUACAACUUUGGGACCAGACACUCUGCAGAAAAUGAGAUUCUCAGGCAUCUUCUGAAGAAUCUUUUCAAGAUAUUUUGCCUUGAUGGCGUGAAGGGGGACCUCCUGAUCGACAUUGGCUCUGGCCCCACCAUCUACCAGCUCCUCUCUGCUUGUGAAUCCUUCAAGGAGAUCAUUGCCACCGACUACACCGAUCAGAACCUGCAGGAGCUGCAAAAGUGGCUGAAGAAGGAGCCAGGGGCCUUUGACUGGUCCCCAGUGGUGACCUACGUGUGCGAGCUCGAAGGGAACAGAGGCAAGGGGCUGGAGAAGGAGGAGAAGUUGAGGCGCAUGGUCAAGCAGGUCCUGAAGUGCGACGUGACUCAGAGCCGGCCUCUGGGUGCCGUGUCCCUGCCCCCGGCCGACUGUCUGCUCAGCACCCUGUGCCUGGACGCUGCCUGCCCAGACCUCCCUGCCUACUGCGCGGCCCUCAGGAACCUCGGCAGCCUGCUAAAGCCGGGGGGCUUCCUGGUGGUGGUGGACGCCCUGAAGAGCAGCUACUAUAUGAUCGGGGAGCAGAGGUUCUCCAGCCUCUGCCUGGGCCGGGAGGCAGUAGAGGCUGCGGUGAGAGAGGCCGGCUACUCAGUGGAGCGGUUUGAGGUGAUCUGCCAGGGUUAUUCUUCCACCAUGUCCGACAACGAAGGGCUUUUCUCCCUGGUGGGGAGGAAGCUAAGCAAAUCUGUAUGAUGCUUUAUGGUUGCCAUUAAAGCAAUUCCUCUGCCUGGCUAA